UCACUCUCUCCUCUCUUCACUACACUCACUCACACUACCAAGGAGCUUUGGAAAGGCUCCUAAGAACAAAGCUAUAUAUAAACAUUGGAGGAAAAAAAAAAUUGAGUAAACUUGCGGGCGGAUUUAUCCUACAAUUAAUCAGAAAAGAAAAACUAGCCUUGUUCUUGACCAUCAGGCCAGGUAAACAUUUGAAGUAGAUCUCCAAAGUCUGUCAAGUCACAAGAAAAAAGCCACCAGAAUGGAGCUUCAGAAGAUGAACGGACACAGCAGAGAUGAUGGUUUUGAUGAGCUGGCCGAACAUGAGGAGUUUCUCCCGCACAAAGCUGGCGUCAAGAAAGAAACCCACUUUACAGACUUCGAGGGAAAGACUUCUUUUGGCAUGUCCAUCUUUAACCUCAGUAACGCCAUCAUGGGCAGUGGAAUUCUGGGAUUGGCUUACGCGAUGUCCAACACCGGAAUCAUUCUUUUUAUACUCCUGUUGAUAUGCAUCGCCAUUCUGUCUGCAUAUUCAAUUCAUCUCCUGCUGAAAAGUGCUGGAGUCGUCGGCAUUCGAGCUUAUGAGCAGCUUGGGAACCGGGCUUUUGGUCCCCCAGGAAAAGUGCUGGCCGCCGUCAUCAUUACGAUACACAACAUCGGAGCAAUGUCCAGCUACCUCUUCAUCGUCAAGUCUGAGCUCCCUCUGGUUAUUCAAGCUUUCCUCAGUAAACAAGAAAACACUGGAGAGUGGUACUUGAAUGGAAACUACUUGAUCAUCAUUGUUAGCACUCUCAUCAUCCUUCCUCUAGCACUCAUGAGACAACUUGGUUACUUGGGCUACACCAGCGGCUUUUCCCUCUCCUGCAUGGUGUUUUUCCUAAUUUCGGUAAUCUACAAGAAGUUCAGCAUCGAAUGUCCUUUUGAAGAUGACCAUCAUAACCACACCUCUGUGCAUGACCACGCUCUCAUCAAUGCGACAGACGACCAGUGCAAGGCCAAACUGUUUACCGUCAACCCUGAGACGGCGUACACCAUCCCCAUUCUGGCCUUCGCCUUUGUCUGCCACCCUGAGGUGCUGCCCAUCUACACAGAGCUACGAGAUGCCACCAAGAAGCGUAUGCAGGGUGUGGCCAACAUCUCCAUCAUGGCCAUGUUCGUCAUGUACCUGCUCACCGCUCUGUUUGGUUACCUCACCUUUUAUGGUAAUGUGGAGUCGGAGCUGUUGCACACCUACAGCCGCGUGGACCCCCUGGAUGUCCUGGUCCUCUGCGUACGUCUUGCCGUGCUGGUGGCCGUCACGCUGACCGUCCCCGUCGUUCUUUUCCCGAUCCGCAGGGCCCUGCUUCAGAUCCUGUUCCCCGACAAGCCUUUCCGCUGGGCCAUUCACAUCGGCAUUGCGUUCUGUCUCCUCUUCUUGGUCAACCUGCUUGUGAUCUUGGUGCCGUCCAUCCGCGACAUCUUCGGCCUCAUCGGAGCCACAUCUGCCCCGAGUCUCAUCUUCAUCCUACCUGGAAUCUUCUACAUCCGGAUAGUUCCUGAAGAGCAGGAGCCGCUAAUGUCCAGAACCAAGAUUACGGCCGCCUGCUUUGCCGCACUGGGAUUCGUGUUCAUGGUCAUGAGUUUGUCAUUUAUCAUCAUCGACUGGUCGACCGGAGAGUCCCGGAGCGGAGGCGGACACUAGCCGCCCCCGAGUGAACGGAGUUACAAUGAACAGAAUGCCAACCAAAGCUCUCCCUUUCAUUAAAUUACCCAUGAUCUGGCGAGCUCUCAGCCAAACAAGGAAGGUUCGGCUGCACAAAAUGAAGGAUAUGUGGAGAAACUUUGCGUGAAUCCCCCCAAAAAAACAAUAAAAACAAAAAGAAAGCAUUAUGAAAUGUGAUGAGGCAGAAAAAAGGCCCUUUAAUGGAGGAGAGUACGCGGAACGAGUGAGCGCAACAGAAUCCAGCCUGUGUCACGCCUCUCAGCUAGGAUGCUGUUUGGAGGCAUGUGUAGAAAAACGCAACAAGACAUGGAUGAAUGGGAAGUGCAUGAGUCAAAUGGAAAUCCCAUUUUAGAGUGCGUGUGUGCAUUAUUCCAUGGAAUAGCUCGGUCACUGCCAAAAUCCCUCCAAUCCACAUCCCUUACCAUCUCAGAAUCUUUCAGGAAAGACAUUUGAUAGUGUAACAAGACAAUCACCUCCUUCUCCGAGGAGUUUUCUUUUCAUCUCACACACACACACACACACACAUAAAACAUUUCAGUUUCUUCAUCCAUCCAUUGCGACUACCACAUCUGCUGGUGCUGUCCAAAAUUUCCCUGAACUUCUAAAGGUUCAGCUAAAUGUGAUCAGCGAGGGGUUAGUCUGCAUCAUCCCAAAACACAGAGACGACUUUCGAAAAAGAAACUCUUCUUCUUCACGUGACAUUUUGUGAAAUCCUCUUGCCACUCAACAUGACGUUUUGUUAAGGUGAUCAUCUUGAAAGUUUUGGGGAAAAAAAACCAAAAAGCAAACCUCAUGCAAACAGACGUGCUGCGGUGUGCGGCGUUCAGCUGCUAUUCAUUGGGGUCAUACAGACAGUUACUGACAAUCACACGUGAGCCAACAGGCAGUUUGUCAAACACUUUAGCUGCAAAACCAAAGAUUUUAACCCUGGUGUCACGUUUAAAUGGGCUGAAACACACUUCUCUCUUUUUUUUUACCAAGUUUGGCAAAGGCCAAUUAAGAAUUGUAUAUAUAUAUGUUUUAAAAAAUCCAGUGUUAUUAAAAAGUCUGUUUUUUAGCAGUCCCACAAACUGUUCAGUAUGGUCAAUAAUAAUGACCUUUUUAAGUUAAAAAACAAAUGGAGUCUUCUUUGUAUGUCUUGGAAAUUUGACUAAAAAUACACUUUGACUUUGUUAUUCAUCCUGUACAUUUUUAAAUUAAUUUGUCUGUCAAUAAAGUAUGUCUUUCAUUUGUACAGAA